GGUUGAAAUAAAACUCACACAUUAACAAACAAAAUAUAUCAAAUGACAACAUCACGAGCUUCAUCAUAAACUUAUAACAAAUUUAUAUCAUAAGUUCGGUUUGUUCCGACUCGUCUUAAUCACGUGAUUUACAAAAUGGCGACCUACGAAUGGUAUUUUAAAAAGAGAGAUUAUGAUUCUGAAGCUAAAUCAGAAUCCUUCACUCCACAACCUACAGAUUCACACCCAUUAAAGUCUAUAACUGUGACUGAAGUUAAAAAGAGUGUUCAUGUAAAAAAGAAUUCACAGCCAUUAGCUAAUCAAAUAGCUGAUCCUUUAGGUUCUAUAGACCCUUUAGGAGCCAGCAAUCCAUUGAGUCAAGCUUUUGAGGGGGUAGAUCCUUUAUCAAAGUUUGCAGCUGAAGUAGAUAUCCCUGUAACUAAGAAGAAGUCUAAUAGUUUUGGAAAGACUGCAGCAAGUGAUAUAGUGGAAGAUGACUUAGAUGAAAAUUUUGAACCAUGGUCAACCAAGAAAGCAAAUAUCUUGGCCAGAUAUACAACAUCAGAAAAACUGUCUAUUACAACUAGUUUCUUAUCAGCUUCAGAUAAAGAGAAAGUUGUGAUAAAAGCACAGACCACUUCAGUCAGUGAUAAAGUUAAAAACAGAUUGGAACAACUAGAUGAUUUUGAUGAGGGCUCAGUACAGCAAAUGUUAAAUUUGAGUCAACAAGAUUAUGUUAAGAGAAUAGAUGAAUUAAAUCUAGCAUUAGUUACUGCCUGGGAAAAAGAUCAUAGAGUAACAGCAUUAAAAAUAGCUAUUCAGUGUUCUAAGUUAUUAGCAGAUACAUCAGUAAUACCAUUUUACCCCAGUAAAUUUGUACUCAUAACAGAUAUAUUAGAUACUUUUGGUAAAUUGGUUUAUGAUAGAUUGAGAGAGAAAGCUCAGUAUAUACCAGCUGAGAAAUUCACCUCAGAUCAAGUACCAGAAUCUGCCAAAGAAACUUGUAGAAAUUGGUUCUUUAAAAUAGCUUCCAUCAGGGAAUUGAUUCCAAGAUUUUAUGUUGAAGCAGCACUUAUUAAAAGUUAUAAUUUCCUGAAAUCUAAUGAUUAUUCUGAAGCAUUAAGUAGGUUAGCUUACAUGUGUCGUGGUAUUGGUGAUCCUUUAGUAGCAGCUUAUGCUAGAUGCUAUCUUUGUCGAGUUGGUUUUAAAGUAGCACCAAGUAUAACUAUACAUCUAAUGCCAUGUUUAGAUGAUUUUUUAAAGACAUUCCCACAGAUUCAAGGUGAUAGCGUACAGAAUAUAUUAGCCAUGCAGAAACUAGAAAUGCCCCGAUAUUUGACGUUAUUUUCCCCAGCAGUAGAUUGGUUAUUACAAUGCUGUGCUCACAGAGCUUCAGAUAAAGUACUGACACAGAUAUUAGAGAAAUGUAAAGAACAAUGUAAUAGUGCCUUAUUGGUGAACUCUAUAAUGUCAGCAUUCAAUCCACAGUUUAUAGCAGCUAGAUCUAACCUAUUUACUGAUAUGAUCAAAGAAUGUGAAGAUACAGGAUUACCAAAGCAUCUAUUAUAUAGAACUCAUGGUUUAUGUUUAGUAAUGGCCGACCCACCAGCAGAUCAAAAAUUAACUGUUUUAAAUGAUGUGUGGAAAGUUGUUACCAAACUUAAAAAUCCUUCUGAAUAUAUUGGAUGUGCUGAAACCUGGAUUGAAUUCGUUGCUAAAAACUUUGGUAAGCGUGAGAUUAAUACUAUAAUUGGUGAUAUAAUAAAACAUAUGACACCAGAUAGAGCUUAUGAAGAUUAUUAUCCCCAGUUAUUAUCAGUAGUAUCUAAAAUACUUGUACAUCAACAUGAUUUCUCCUUGUUAUUUUCUCUUGAAAAGUUUAUGCCAUUUAUUGAUAUGUUUCAAAGAGAAACAGUAAAGGUUGAAGCAUGUAAAACAGUAGCUGAAUCAUUUGAUAAAUAUCAAGUAGAAAGUACCAAUGAUCCAGUUGUUAUUAAUGCUAUGAUGUUUAUAUGUAAAACUAUGCAUGAUUCUGUGAAUGCUCUAACAUUAGAAGAUGAGAAAAGAGUAAUAUCAAAUAUGAUCUGUGGUUUUAUAAGACAGAUAUUAUUUGGUAGAGAUUUUGAACAACAACUCAGUUUCUAUGUUGAAGCUAGAUCUAAUUUUAGUAAUUUAGAUACUGUUUUGAUUCAACUUAUUCAAAGUGUUAAUAAGUUAUCAAUGGAUACAAGACAAGUUGUAAAAGGCAAUCAUUCCAGAAAAACAGCAGCUUUUGUUAGGGCUUGUGCUGCAUAUUGCUUUAUAACAAUACCAUCUUUACAGUCUGUAUAUUCUCAGUUACAAUUGUAUUUGAUAUCAGGUCAAGUAGCAUUGUUAAACCAGUGUUAUUCACAAGGUGAUGCAUUCUUUAAGGCAGCCAUUUCUCUGAUUCCUGAUUUACCUAAACAGAUGGAAAUAGAUGGUAAAACACGAGCUACAGAACCCAUUUUAAUUGAUUAUAUACUCAAUUUUAUAUCUACUAUACUAACCAUCCCAGAUAACCCUGAAGCUGGGGUUAUGUACAUGUUAAAAGGAUUAUUAAAUGUAUUACAAGAUUAUACAUGGGAUAAUAGUAGUGAUGCUAAAGCUGUUGUUUAUAUUCGAGUAUUAGCUCUAUUGUCUGCAGCCAGCCAGGAAUCUUAUAUAUACCACAUAGAUAAAGUUGAUUCCAAUGAUAAGAUGUAUGGUAGUGAUCCUAAAUAUAUCAACGAAUUAAAAGGAAUGGCUGACACUUUAAUUAAUGAGAUAUUGUCUCAUUUAAAAACCCUUGCAACACCAGAGCUUGGUAAAAGACAGAGUUCUAUAGCGUUAGAAUUAGUCAAUACUAUAAUAGCACAUGGAGAUAUUACUAAUAAAAGUAUGAAUACAUUAUUUGUUAAUUUAUGGUCAUUAACUCAGAAAUAUUCUUCUGCUUCAUCAAAACAAUUAACUAGAUUGUUAAAUUAUAUCAAGAAAAAAGGGGAGAAAGAAGACAACAGAGAUUAUAAAGAUUUGGGUAAUAAGUUAAAAGUUGAAAGUUAAAAUUUGAUUCAAAUUAAAUGGAUGAAUAUCAAACCAUGUGUCAUAGCUUAAAAUUUUCUAUUUUUGUAUUGUUAUUGAUUAGCGGAAACCAAAGUGCAAUAGUUAUUGUUAUUAUUGAUAUGAUUAUUAUUAUGUAGAAACAACCAUGUAUAACGAGCCUCUAAAAUAAAGCUGAAAUUGUU